AUGGGCGGGUGCAACAUCGACACCGCCUUCUCGCGAGCCGACAGCGACUUCUCCAUGUCGCUCCUCAAGAACUGGCGCACCCUCGUCGCCCACAACCCCGACUUCGCCCUCGACGAGGGAGGUGCGUCCAAGUACCCCGCCAUCGCCGCAGCUAUCGCCACCUACGAGUCCACCCUCUCGGACUGGAAGGAGGUUGCACCCGGCGGCACCGGGGGCAGGCGCGGGCCUCCUACUGGUUGCGCUCUCCUAGUUCUCCUGCUACUGACAAAAGGGACAGCGACAGGCGCUGUGCAAGCCGCCCUGAACGACCACAUGGUGCUCAAGUCGCGCAAGACGAAGCGGACGACGCUGCACGACAAGCACAAGAUCGAGCGCAAGGUCCGCGAGCACCACCGCAAGCAGCGGCGCGAUGCUCGGCGGGGCGUCGGCAAGGCGGGCCGGAAGAAGAAGGACCCGGGCAUCCCGGCCUCGUGGCCCUUCAAGGCGCAGCUCAUCGCGGAGCAGCAGGCCCAGCGCGAGGCGCAGCUCGCCGCGCAGGCGGCCGCCCGCGAGUUCAAGCGCGCCGAGCGCGCCGCCGCCAAGCGCGCCGAAGAGGCGGCCGCCGCGGCGUCGCAUGAAGCGGCGCGCGAGCGGCGCACCGCCAAGCGGCGCGCGGCCGCCUUCUCGCCGCUGCACGAGGUGCUCGCCGACGCGGGGCUCGUCCUCAUCCUCCUCGACGCGCGCGACCCCGCCGCCUGCCGCUGCGAGCCGCUCGAGGCUGCGCUGCGCGACUGCGGCAAGCCGUACCUCCUCGUCCUCAGCCGGGCGGACGCGGCCGGCGCGGCGGCAGGGACGCUGCGCGUGGGCGUGGUCGGGUUCGAUGGGGUGGGGAAGCGCGCGCUGCUGCGGGUGGUGCGCGCGCAGGCGGAGCGCGGCGGCGGCGCGCUCGACUGGCUCGACCGUCCGGCGCGCCUCCAGUCCCUCGCCGGCUCGCUCGGCGUCAACGACCUGCUGCUGCGCCGCGCGCCGGCAGAGGCGCUCCCGCAGCCUCUCCUGAGCGUCGGGAGUAUCGUGGAGCGGUGCGCGAGGCGGCCGCUGCUGCGCCACCUGCAGAUCGCCUCCUUCACCGACGAGGCCGACUUCGUCUCGCGCUACGCCGCUCGCGUCGGCGCUGCAGACAACGACGCCGCGGCGCUGGCGGCGCGAUCGCUGCUCUGCGCGGCCGCCCUCUCCUGCUGCGACGGGGCGGCGGAGGCGGAGCUGGGCGGCGUGUGCGCGGCGGCGGAGGGCUUCGUCGUGCUGACGGCGGGCGAGCCGGAGGAGAUCGACUUGUCCGUGGAGGAGGAGGAGUGGGGCGCGGGGGACAUUGGCGAGGCGGGCGAGGAGAGCGGCGAGGAGGGCGAGGAGGAGGAGAGCGAGGAGGAGGAGGAGGAUAGCGGUGAGGAGGAGGAUAUGGAAGAUGACGACGAGGAGUAG